AUGCGUUUAAAAGAUUUAUUAGAUAUGAUUAAUAAAUUAGAAGAAUUAAAAUUACAUGCUAAAUCAUCACAAGAAAUUCUUAACAGAUUAGAUGAUAUCAAAGAAAGUCUUGGAUACCUUGAAGCUGAACUACAAAAUAGUAUACCGGAUGUAAUUAUUUGGUUAUUAUCAAAUGGUAAACGUUACGCAUAUUAUCGUUUACCAGCAAAUGAAGUAUUUUAUUCACCAAAUGUUGAUCGUCGUGGUCGUCUUUGUGGAAAAGUUCAAACAAUAACAUUAAAAUGGCCUGGAAAAGAAACUGAUAUUGCUAAAGAUAAAAGAAAUUUUCUUCCUGGUGAAAUUCGUGUUAAAAUUUGGUUAGGUUUAGCUACAUUAAGAAGAGUUUUAGAACAGAUAUUAGGCUUUGAAAGUCUUUUCCAGACGAUAUCUGAUAUCGCGAGGUGA